AUGGCCACCCACACCGUCUACCGCCUCCCCCAACUGGGCGCCAUCACCAACCUCACCCCCCAAACCGAGCCCAUCCCCACGAUCUCCAAGCACGAAGUCCUGAUCCGCAUCCGCUCGGUAGCCCUCAACUCCCGGGACCUCCAAGUUGCCACAAACACCUACCCCGCGGACACCAAAAACGACCUGAUCCCAUGCUCUGACGGCGCAGGAGACAUCGUCGCCGUGGGAUCCGACGUCAAAGACCUCAAGGAGGGCGACCGCGUCGUCAUCUCGUUCGACCCGAUGCAUCUGUACGGUGUGCAAAAGGACUUCCUGACGUGUCAGGGCGGCGCGGCGGAUGGGACGUUGGCGCAGUAUGUUGCCAGGCCGGCGUCGGGGGUCGUGAAGAUCCCGGCCUCGGCGCCGCAUGGGUAUGCGGAGUUGGCGAGCUUAGUGUGUACUGGCGUUACGGCGUGGAAUGCCUUGUAUGGGAAUGUGCCGUUGAGGGCGGGACAAGUGGUUUUGGUUCAGGGAACCGGAGGCGUCGCCAUCACAGGUCUCAUCCUCGCGAAAGCGGCCGGCGCAACAACCAUCGUCACUUCAUCUAGUGACGAGAAGCUAGCCAUGGCGAAAUCGAAAUUCCAGCCCGACUAUUGCAUCAACUACCGCACGACACCCGACUGGGCCGCCGAAGCGCUGAAGAUCACGGACGGAAAGGGCGUCGACUAUAUCCUCGAGAUCGGCGGACUGGGGACCAUCGAGCAGAGCAUCAAGGCCAUCACGCCCGGUGGGAAUAUCAGCGUGAUUGGGUAUCUGGCGGGGAGCGACAAGGUGGUCGAUGUGCCGCUUCAGGCGUUGUUGAAGACAUGCGUGGUGCGAGGUGUGCUGGUCGGUCCGAAGUGUCUGCUGGAGGAACUGGUUACGUUUGUGCAUCGGGCGGAGUUGAGGAUGCCGGUGGAGAAGGAGUUUGGGUUUAGCAGGGAGGAGGUCAUUGCUGCUUAUGAGUAUUUGCAGUCGGGGCAGCAUGUUGGGAAGGUUUGCAUUCGGGUGGAUUAG